UGUGUCAUGAAACUUAAUCCACCACAAGCUGCAUUAUAUGGUGAUUGCAUUCUGACCGUGCUACUGAGUGACAAAGAUCAGCUUGAUGGUGAUGUAGUGUAUUACCUGCUGUUUAGUGGAUCCUCUUGUAGGCAUCUCACAAGUACAAAGAAGAUAAACUCUGAAAGCUUGCAGACUGUUACACCUGCACAUGAUUGUUGUGAACCUGUAAAAGUUUCACUUUAUGCCUCCAAGGCAGGGAGCCCAGCCUUGUUGGUGACAGAAGAAAGUUUCCAGUUUGUUCAGGAUGAAGCUUAUGAUGCAGCACAGUUCCUAGCAACCAGUGUUGGAAAUGCAGAAUCACUGGAGAGCAGUAGACUUUUAGAUGAACUUCAGAUAUCUUCAAGAGAUAUUCAAGUGCUUGACAACAAAGUGACCUUGGCUUUUCAUCACCUGACUUUACCUGCAGGAUGGAAUGUGCUUGGACUGAAGCAGCCUUUAACAGAAGGUGUCCCCCGGGAGACACUGAUGCAUUUUGCAGCAAGGCUGGGUCUGUUGAGGUUGGCCUGGUUUCUGUUACAACAAGCAGGUGGAAAAGAAGCUCUUAGUAUACAGAACAGUGGAGGGGCCACGCCUGCAAACUUGGCCUUAGAGAGAGGCUUUCAGAAGCUACAUGAGCUCUUUACUCAAGAAGGAGGUACUGAGUUAGAAGGGUAUAUCACUGCUUCUCAAGUCAUAGCAUCUGGGGACUAUUCGGUGAGACAUCAUCAAGAAUUAGACAUUUACUCAUUAACUGUGAAGUCACAGCUAGGAGUACAGUAUGGGAGUGUGGAUCAUGAUAUCCAAGAACUGCAAAAGUACAUGAAGUGGCAUUCACAGCAGCAGCAGCAGCAGCAGCAGAAGCAAAACAUGGAGAAAAUUAAUAGUUUGCACUGUUUAUUUACUAAUGUAGUAAUGGGUGUGGCGUACUGUCCGAACAGCUGGGUUGCAAAAGUCAUUUACUUGCACAGUGAAGCCUUAACCAUUGUUAUAAAUGAAGAGAAUGAUGCUGCUGAUAGGGAAUUUUCUUGCAUUUUGAAACACACAGAAAGUGAUGGUGUUGUACUAGGAGUCCUCUCAUAA